AUGCAGACCGCCGCGAUCGUGUACAAAAUGGAGACCAAGGAGUAUCGAGGGGCCAUCGUGUCGUCGUCGACGAGUUCGCCGCCCAGCGUGGGGCACAUGCGGCCCCCGCCGCCUCCACCGCCGCCCAAGGUGAAGCCGCCACCCAUGGAAAGCAGGCUCGAGGAGCCCAGCAGCUCUAUUCCAGAUCUAGGUGAGUUGCUCUUUCUUGAACAUAUUUUUAUUUCAGUCUAUCGAGUAGUUCGAUCAAAAUGUACAAGCUAA